AUGGGCGGCGUGGAGAAGAACGCAGUGCCUCCUACGGAUGUUUUACCGAAGGUCGUGCUGGAGAGCCACAUCACCAGCACCAACGUGGUGGUGGAUGUACUGCAGACAGAUUACAACGACUGCUUUCGUUCCUACAGCGUCCGUCAGCGCAACCCAUUUGGAAGAAACUCGCUGAUUAUUUUGCGUAUUUUGUCCGUCAACGAAAUAAUGCUGCUGGUGUUGCUCAUUUUUUCAGCAGUGCUUUCACUACCACGUUUUAUUGUUCCCCUGCGGGGCGUGAAUGAUGUAUCUUUUGCGCUUGGUGAUAUCGGCAGCAGCGACAGUCCUGUAGUUCCCUUGUUAAUGGGAAAUUGGAGCCCAACUUUGUCGUCGCCACGUUUGAUUCUUGUGGUGUUAUGUUGCGUAGUGUCUGCGUGGCGCAUUGCUGUUGGUUUGCGGCGUGCGCAUACAGAAGAAGUGAUGGCGAUUCGAGGACUUGGCAUGCAGCUUACUAGUUACAACGUGUUUGGGUGGAUUUUGUCACAGCGAUUUGUAGAGCUUAAGCUUAUUCGUUCCCUUAUUAUCCAUGAUGCUUUCUUCCGGUGCCAAGUUAUAUUCUUUCUUUCUGCGACGGUAGAGAAUGAGGCGGCACGUUUAGUCCUCUUUGAGGAUACACUACCCCGACUGGCAGUGCUGCGUCUUGUUCUCUGUGGUUUGAGGCAUAUUCUUUACGAGGAGCCUGAGGAGGGUACGACGCUGGCUGAACUGGAAUGGAUGACGUCAUCUCGGCUUGAUGACACUGUUGAAUGUGAUUUUAAGGGCACAGAUGACGAUAGUGAUGUUACGGAGCACGUAAAUGGCGACUCUUUUGCGGUUACAAGCUUACAGCUGCGACUGGGUAACUCCGAGGAGACACAUCUGUUGGACAGCAUUGAUACGGUGUGA